UUUCUACCUGCUUCCGAGCCAAUCACAGAGCUACAGACGAUACGGAGGAAAAUUCAAAUGUCUGACAUUUCUUGUAAGCAAAUUUAAGAUUGUUCUCUCUUUAUUUACUGUUGUGCUGUGAUUAUUACCGUGAUUAUUUACAAUAUCUUGUCAAGAUUUUAAUCACUGUAGCUUAGUUGAUGUUGAUAUUUGUUUCUUCUUUUAAAAUAUUCUUUGGAAAUAAACCGGAACACGUGAUCAGGGUUACUGCCAGCGGAUUGAGAAUUAAUUAUGAGCUCGUUCGUUUCACAAGAUGACAAAAAAACUAAAACAUCGUUUUGGGGUAAAUUGUUCAAGACAUCGAAAAAAUCUGAGAAAAAAAGUGAUGAAUCCUUCUUAAGACAAAGUUUUUUGCACAGUAGUUUCCAUUGUUCGAAACCCACCCCUUUGGAACAAGAUGACGGGGUUAAUUUUACGACCCUAGACAACAGUGAUUUGAUGGAAAUGCAUAAAGAUGCUGGCAUAAUAUUUGUAAAUAAGAAUCAUGUUUCGCAAAUGCUGGCUAAAGAGGAUGGGAAACAUGUUCAGUUUGUUCCAACGCCAAUGAAUAAAUACUAUAAAGUUAACACUAAAGCUGCUCCGUCUAAAAAGAAUAAAAAAGAUGAAGACAAGGAAAACAUUGAUAGGACUAAAAAUAUUAAGCCUGCUAGGCCUAUUUUGCGUGUGGGUAAAAGCCAAGAAAAUUUGGCUCAAAAACUUGUAUUUUCAGAUAGCCAAGCUAUUAGUGAAACAAACGCUAAAAGAUUGGUAAAUGUGAGUUACUACGAUGGUCCAGAAAUAAAAAGAACGCCAACCAUGCAACGAACAUCUACGAAAUUGGCUUUAUUUGAUAGAAAGAAUGGAUCAAUGCCUCAUUUAAACGUGUCAGGCAUUACAAAGUAUGGAACUUUACCUAAAAACGCUAAAUUUAAUAGAGAAGUAUACAAUGGAGAACUAAUUCACACAGGUGUAAGUUCUCAGAUGUUUGGUGAUGGAGGAAGUCAAACAUAUGUGGCAAAACCUAGAUCAUGUGAGCAAUUAAACAUUCCGGGUGAAUAUAGUUCUCGGAACUUACCUCAUUUUUCUGAUCAGAUAUUGAAUAUACAUCAAAUGAGAGAUCGAUCUAGGCAGAUUGUUUCACAUAGGCUAAGUUUGGGUGAACCUAUUAUAUCUUCAAACUCACAGCAAUUCCCAAAAAGUUCGGUACCUAGUUCCGGGUUAUCAUGGCAAAAUCAACUUAACACUAGAAACAUUAGCAAUUCUAGUAAGACUAAUGAAAUCAGAUCAAAUCUGAAUUUCACCUCAAUUCAAAAUCAAUCACAAGGGUAUUUUCCUAACAACAAAAAAACUAAAUUUUCAAACAGGGUUCUUGCAGAAAAUGUCAACCGGAAAAUAGAUUUAUAUCCUAACAAGGCUAUCAAUGAAAUCGGUUUACCCUUAGCUCAGAAAAAGAGAAACAGUUGGAAUUUCUCCAAGAAACAAAGGUCGAGAUCUGAGAGUCCUCAUUACAUUCCCUUGGCAGAAACUUACACUUCUAGCGUACCAUUUCGACUAGACACUCAAAUGAAAUUUCCGCAACAAAGUUAUGUUUCCAAUGCCACCAACUCCCACAUCCAGAUACCAGCCUCUAACUAUCAACAACAGCCGUUCUCCAAAAAGAAUGUUAUUAGAAGUAGAUCAAGUGAAGCUGUCCAGAGAUGUCCUUUUGUUCCACCCGAAAGAUUAAAACAGAAUUACUUUCAGAAUGAUGUGGGACAUACCUCUGAACAAUAUCGGUAUAUAAGCCGAACUAAGAAGCAAGCUAUUGUCACCAGAAUGUAUAGCCAGAAAAGAAUGCUUGUCAAUAAACUUUGUAAAUACAAGAGCAAAGACUGUGAUGAAGGCUUUUCAUCGAUGGCAGAUGACGAAUGCAGUUUUAACUGUAGUUGUUCCAGCUGUUCCACGAGGUUAUCCAGAAAGUACGGGAAAUAUCAAGCCAAUGCAGACGAUAGAUUCUUUUUCAUAAGGACGGAUGAUUUCGAAUCGAAAGAAGAAAGACAUUUGGAAACAGUUUUAGAGAGUCCAAUUCGUAUUAAUAAGUCUAGCGAUGUCGUUCAGAGUGAAAAAGAUACCGAAACGAAUCAUGGUGCUUCAUGGUAUGAAUGUAAUGACUCCUUGUGUAAAACGCCCGUUAAAAACAACACAGCGCAACCACAAGCUUUGAACAAAAAAAUAGAAAACAUUUAUGAAAAUAUUACUCAAAUUAUUAACAGCGCUACUAAACAAAAUUACAGCUCUCAAGAAAUAAAACAAAUGAUUUCUACGCCAAUUUCUAAAAGCGAAAAAUUGAAAGCAAAGUCAAAUGUUCCAAGAGCUUUAUUCCAUGCAGAUGAAAUCAAACACAAAGAGUCAAUUACGCCAAUAGAUCGGGAAAAGAAGGCAAUUACAUCGCCUUUGAAGUCGCCACCAUUUUUUAGCGACUCGGUUAUAUUGUUGCAAGAAAUUUUUCAGAAGCUUUCACUAGAAUGCAGAGAAUUACUGAAACCGAGUGUUCUAUCCAAUCUGUCUGCCGAUUCUGGCAAGCAUGAUGUUUCAGAAAGCUCGACAAGUUCUGGAGACAAAUAUGUUAACGACUUAGUCAAAAGUCUAAAAUCAGAAGAAAUCAGUGAAGGGGAGUUUGCGAACAUCAUCGGGAAUAUUGCCCAGAACAUAUUCUUAGAGGCGAAAGCGAAACAAGUUAAGCCUCUUCUAGAAAAAUCUCUAUCGCUUCCAGACAUCGCCAAAAUGGAACAUUCCUCGCCUAAACCUAUUCAACAAGUUUCAUCUUUGACUGAAAACAGCUUUUUGGAAAAAUGUACUAAUGACCAGAAGCCCGUUUCAAAGUCAAAUAGUUAUCGUCUAACCAUUAAAUCGUCAAAUGUCUCCCAAAAUGGUGCAUCUGAAUCUGAAAACAUGGCAUUACAAGAAAGGAACUUGCCCGAUGGUUGGAGUAGAUCACCAACGACAAUCUCUGGGCCUUUCAGUGCAUCAGAUGCUUCAAAUGAUUCGUCCCAUGACGAUUCGACUACAUCUGAAUCUGGGCUACAGUUGCUAGAAAAUGCAAUUAGGCUUGGUAUGGGUCUGUCACCUAUCAAAACAGAAGAAACUAGCUUUGUAAAAGCAGUUCAAGAGCAGCCAAUUUAUAUACCUUCCCCAGUUAAAGUUGUCAAGCAUAAGUCUAAAGAUGUUCUCAGCUGCAAAGGAAAACUGAAACUAAAAAUCUAUCACAAUGCUGGGAUGGUGACAAUACACAUUGCGAGAGCAGCAAAACUCAGUAAACAAAAUAGCAGGAGUCUUCUAAAUCCAUAUGUAAAGAUAUCCAUGGUCCCUGAUGAAUCAAAACGAGUCAAUUGGCGAACUUCUGUGCAAAAAGAACAGAAGAAUCCAGUGUUCAACCAAUUAUUUUCGUUCGAAAUAUUAGAAAGUGAUAUAGCAAAAAGAUUGGUCUUUUCCGUGUGGCAUCGAGACUUUGAAAAAAAGAGAAGUGAAUUGGUUGGUUGCAUGUCUUUCAGUGUACAGCAUUUUUUGGACAACUCUCAUAAAAUUCAUGGAUGGUACAGACUACUCAGGGAAGGAUUUGGAACUGAGAAGCAUUUUGCUGCACAUACAAACAAAAAUGCCUGUCCAAUUAAACAUAAGGAAAAGAAACGAAACAAAGAAUGUCAAGAUGCCUGAAAAUUCAAAUCACUAACAGUUUUUUAGUUAUUUAAAAAUCUAUGUAUAGUGUUUAAGCAGUGCUGCUUAAUAAUGAAUGUAUAAUCAAAAAGAUAUAUUUAUUCAUCAAUGUUCUGCAAUAAUUUAGUUAAAAUACUAGCUGUUCUCU